UCACACGAAAUAUCAAGGUUUUGACAGCCGACAUGCCGUUUUGAAAACACAAAAUGGCAAAGUGGACCGAAUCCGGAAUUUUGAGGAAGGCAAAUAAAGAGAAGCACGAGGACCUACUCGUCUUCGGAUAUGCCUGUAAGCUUUUCAGGGACGACGUCAAAGCCCUUUACAUCGAUCAAGGCAAGCAUCUCAUCCCCUGGAUGGGGGAGGAUUCCUUGAAGAUCGACAGGUAUGACUGCAGAGGCGCCUUAUCGGAAUUGAAACAGUACGAGGCGGGCAGCGGCGGCGUCAGCCGGCUUUCGGAGAUGAGCGAGUCGGAACGGCGGAUGGAGCAGAUGUGCGACGAAGAACGAUACUAUUCGCUCAAAUACAACGAGGAGGAGUUGGAACUGUACAAAGAGGAGGAGCUAAAACGCUUGCAGCAAAAGAACAACGAAGUGCAGUACAAUUACGACGUGCCAACUGAUCCUAAAAAUUCGCAGGAAGUGAGCGAAGUGGUCGAGGAGGAAGAUAAACCGUUCAUACCUCCACCCGACUUAAACGUGCCAGCAGAUGUUGACGCGCCGGAGACCGUUAAAGUGAACGCCCGAAUCGAAAAGACUGCCCUAUUCAUAAGCAAACAAGGACCCCAGAUGGAGAUUCUCAUUAAGACCAAGCAGGCGGACAAUCCUCAAUUUCGGUUUCUAAACAAGGACGACCGACUGCACAAGUAUUACAAGUUCUUGCUGUCCGCGAUCAAAAGUGGACAGUACAAGAUACAGCAGGAGGAGGAACCCGACGCUAACGUGAUACGCGAAGAGGGCGCCGACGAAGACGAAACUGGCGAUCACUACUUACAUCCAAGUUUAUUAGCGGCCUCUGUACAGCCGGCACCGCCACCUUUGCCCACAGUGCCGUACAAGCCAUCCGCAGACUGCAAGUACUCGCAGUUGGUCAAUCGCAUUCAGGGUACUCAAACCGACUCGUUAACUCCGCCUCCGCAACACCCGCCCCCCGAUUUGUCGCAAGGCCAGAUGACGUACGACCAGCAGCAGUAUUACCAACAGUACUACUACAUCGCGCAGUACUACGAGUACUAUAAGCAGAUGGCGCAACAGUUCCAAGGGCAUAACACCGAGGUGUCAUCGGACGCGAAGAUACCAUUGGAAACCCAAAAUCAAGUUUUCCCGCCAAAUCAAGCAGUUUACUCGCACUAUCAGCAACAAUCGAGCAAUCCCUACGCGCAGAUCGUCUCGAACUUAUCCCAAAGUAAACCACCCGAAGCCGAGCCGCCCGCUGCUACCCCGACGGAUAUUGCCAAAGCCCCGAUCAUCUACAGUCAAGUCGAACCCGCGCCCACGGAAGUCCAACCUCAGAUCGUCGCCGCCGCACCCGCCCCGCCGGCGGUCAAGAAGCCGCUACUAUCGCUCGCUCAAUACGGCUCCGAUUCGGAACCGGAAAACCCACCCGAGCCCGAGGACAACGCGAAGAACGUCAAGAUUCCGCCGACCGAAACCGAACAAAUAAUAAACAAAAUGGCGAGUUACGUCACGAAGAACGGCAAAGACUUCGAGAACAUCGUGCGGUCGAAGGGCGAUCCGAGGUUCGAGUUUCUGAACGAAUCGCACCAGUUUCAUCCGUACUAUCGUUUGAAGGUGAAGCAUUACUCCGAGGCUCAGAGUAAUAAAGGGGCGAGCGAGUCGGAGAACGGUGUGCCGAAAUCCAAAGAGAAAAAGAAUAUCACUCCCGUUAGUUUUUCGAUAAAGAAGCCGAAAGACGAAAUGCCAAAAGAUAUCAAAAGUGCCUUGCCAAUGGAGGAGAGCGACGAAGAAGAGGUCGUCGACUGCAAAACGCCAGUGGAGACUUCCGCCCAUAACACGCCUACUACGACGCCGGUUCGCGUGCAUCACAGCGCGAGCUUGACACCGCCCCCGAGAGUAACCGAACCGUCGACCGAUGAAACCAAAGACGACAGCAAGUCGUUCGAAGCCGAAGAUUUAAUAUUGGAAAUGAUCGACUUAACGGACGAUCUGGAAGAGCGGCGCGAGACGAAGAGAGUCGAGGAUAGAAAGAAGGACAAGAUCGCGUCGGCCGCGCGCGAAAAGUUGGCCCUGCAGCUCGAGCGCAAGAAAAAGGCCGCCGCGUUUUUAAAAUUAAAAUCCGUCAAGUCUUCGCCGCCGAGGCAAGAUCCCGCCGCCAGGCACAAGGCGAAGAGGUCGCGGAACGUCGAGGUCGAAGUGUUGAAAAUCGAAGAUUCCGAAUCGGAGGAGGGCGAAAUUAAGCGACACAAAAAAUCGGCGAAGCGGAAAAAGUCGCAUAAAAGGAAACGCUCGAGGAGUAGACACGAGUCGAGAAGUCGGCAGAAGAGCAAAGAGCACAAGAAGGCAAAGAAGCGAAGGAGAAGGUCGCGCUCCGAAAGCAAGUCCUCUAGUUCGUCGCAAUAAUUAAAUUUGUAAAUGUGUAAUUAUAAAGUCGUGUACAGUCACUUAUUUAUAUUAAAACUUUGCAUAUAUUUCA